AUGGAAGAAAGAUUAACUCUAUCAAGAGUUAGCAAGAACUAUCAAAUAAAGAAGUUAUGUCCACUCUGUAAAGAAGAUUAUAGCAACGAGAUGUACAAGUUGAACAACCAUAUGAUACUAUGUUUCUUGUAUCUCACCGUUGAUAUGGGUUGCCUGGACGUUGUAAAGGAUACUAUCAAAGAUAUAGAGUUUGAUGAACAACGUAAAAAGAGACAGAGAGAGAUGAAUGAUAUGGUUUUGUAUCAUCAAAGUUUAACAACACCAAGAAACAACAAAUCUUCAAUAUCACUACAAUCAUCUUCCCCUAUGUCAGCAACACUAACCGACGACUCAUUCUUUGAUAGUUAUAUGUAUGAUGAUGAGCAGCAAGAUAAUCAUAGUACAAGAAAGAGAAAGAAGAUCGAAAAUGUAUCGUCAUACUCAACAACAUCAAACCAUUUCUUUAAAGAUACAUUGUUUAGAGUAUCAAUGAUAUCAAUAUUAUAUCGUGAAGAUGAAAACCAAAGUGUAAUGAAUUUAUUGAUGACUUGUAAAGAUGCUAUGAAAUGGAAGGAUACUGUUGUAUUCCCAAGAUUACCUUCUAUUGAUAUGAUAGAGUCGUACAAAGACAGUGGUAGAUUCAAUCAACUACCAAAAAGAUACAAUAGAGUCAAUAUCAAGAGUAGUAAAGAUAGAGACUAUUUCAAAGAGAAUGCAGGCGGUUUAAUCAAUCAUCAUUGUAAAGAACUAAACUAUAGUAUUCAAGAUAAAAUGCCUAUACCAGCUGGAUUCAUACCGGAUCACUUUACAAAGAUUAAAAUUGAAGGAAAGAUAGAAGUUGGAUCAAUACCACCAUUUACAACUCAUCUCUAUCUUGGACGAGGACAAAAGAUUUAUAAAGAACUAUUCCCAGAUACAUUAGAGGUACUUUAUAUCCCAAGUGGCGUGAUUGGAGAACAAUCAAACCUCGACGAUCUUUUACCACACAAUAUAAGGAUACUUGUUAUAAAAUCUAAUUUGGUGCAUCCCUAUCUACAUAACCUCAAGAAACUAUAUUGUCUGGCUAUUAAUCAAUACCCCUACAAAAACACAAUAGAUAUUGGCACUGGAAGUAUACCCAAUACAAUCAAGAAUUUACAUAUUGAAAAUUGCAAUGUCGAGCCUGGAUACAUUCUUCCAUCGAGUAUUAAAUACCUCUCCAUCAACCUCGCCAAUAACUCACCUCAAUGUAUUCCUUCAUCUGUACAGUACCUGUAUAUCAGGUCUGAUCUACCCUUGACAGCAGGAUCUAUUCCUUCAUCAGUCACAGAUCUUCAUUUACAGGGUAGAUUGGUGAUCAGCAAAGGAAGUAUCCCAUCAUCAGUCACCUCACUUGGACUGAUUGAUCUUGAAGUUCUACCACACGUCUCUGCCAUCCCAGAUAGCAUUUCUAGACUAUGUAUCAAUGGAUUAAAAAGUCAAUUCGAUGGGAGUCUCUAUCCAAGUAGCAUUGAGUAUUUCGCAAUUCAUGGAAAUUACGAUUUCUCACUCAAACAUUGUAUUCCACCAUCGACAAAAUAUUUUAAUUAUCAAGUCAGUCAACCAUCGAGUAUUGAUAUAAGUGCCAAUGAUAUUCCAAAUGGAGUUAAUCGUGUUAGAUUUGGUCUUCAAUAUAAUAAAGAAGUAGUUAGCGGACAGAUUCCAGAUAGUUGUGAACUCUUGGAAUUUUCAUACUUUUAUGAUAAAUCACCACUUUGGAGGGCCGUACCAAAACAAUUGAAAACUGUCAAUUGCAAUCCAAUUUGUUCAAAGAUUAAUAUCUUUGAAAGAUAUACAAAUAACACAAUCAGAAUGGAAGAAAUAAAGUUGGAUGAACAACAAUGGAAAAAGAGAAAUAGAGAGACGAAUCAGUUGGAUGACACCCAUAGUCAUCCUCAAAGCGAUAGCUUGUUAACAUCAAGUAACAACAUAUCUUCUUUAUCACAGCAAUCACCAUUGAUAUCAUCACCAUCUUCGUCGAUUACAUCAACAACACUAACUGACGAUCCAUGCUUUGAUAUGGAUGAUGAGAAUGAUACAAAAAAGAGAAAGAUGAUUGAAAAUGUAUCUCCAUACUCUACAUCUGCAAACCAUUAUUUUAAAGAUUCAUUAUUUAGAAUAUCAAUGAUAUCGAUAUUACAUCGUGAAGAUCAUAAUAAAAGUGUAAUGAAUCUAUUGAUGACUUGUAAAGAUGCUAUGAAAUGGAAAGAUACUGUUGUAUUCCCAAGAUUACCUUCUAUUAAAACAAUAGAAUCGUACAAGAAUAAUGGAAGAAUCAAUCAACUACCUCGACGAUACAAUAGAGUCUAUAUCGAGAGUGUUAUAGAUCGAAAUUAUUUCAAAGAGAAUGUAGAUGGUUUAAUCAAUCAUCAUUGUAAAGAACUAAACUAUAGUAUUCAUUAUGAACCGAUACCAGCUGGAUUCAUACCAGAUCACUUUACCAAGAUUCUCGUUAGUUCAAUGAUAGAAGUUGGAUCAAUACCACCAUACACAACCCACCUAUUACUUGGGGCAGACUCGUACCAACAAGAGAUCUAUAAAGAACUCUUCCCAGAUACAUUAGAAGUACUCAAUCUCGCAUUUGUAGUGAUUGGCCAACACUCAAACCUCGAUGAUCUUUUACCACACAAUCUAAGGAUGCUUCGUAUCCCACCUAAUUUUGUGCAUCCCUAUCUCUUUAAACUCAAGAAACUAUAUUGUCUCGAGAUUGGACAGGAUGGACAUAUACCAGGUGCAGAGAAUCGUAUUGGAGCUAUACCCAAUACAAUCAAAUAUUUAUAUCUUGGCAACAAUUGUACUGUCGAUGCUGGGUACACACUUCCAUCGAGUGUAAAAUACCUAACAAUCAACCUAACUAAAAACUCACCUCGAUGUCUUCCUUCAUCUGUCCAGCACCUCUCUGUGGUUUAUGAUGAACCCACAACAAUCUUGGAGGGAUCGAUUCCCUCUUCUGUCAAAGAUCUCAAGUUUGAAGGAAAAUAUAAUAUCAUAAAAGGAAGCAUACCACAAUCUGUCACUAGAUUGACACUGUUUGAUCUUGAAGUUUCCCCACCCGCUGACACCAUGCCACUUGAUAGCAUUUCAAAUCUAAUUUUAUUUGACUUAAAGUGUCAAUUCGAUGGAAGAGAAUACCCAAAGAGCAUAGAGUAUUUUUAUAUUCAUUUAAAAGACGAUUUCCAGUUCAAAUCAUUUAUCCCUCCCUCGACAAAAUAUUUGGACUAUGAAGGAGAUGAUGCAAAUUUUAUUCCAAAUGGAGUCACUCAUAUUCGAUUGGGACCUGGAUUUGAUCAAGAAUUAACUCCAGGAUAUAUUCCAGACAGUUGCCAAAAUUUAAUAAAAAAUUAA